AUGUACCCUGAAACGACAGCCAAGGCGAGCAGCAACAGCAAAUUUUUAAAGGACGCCUUCGAACCUACGCAGUUCUUGGGGAAUUCGAAGUUCAUCAAGAACUUGAACACUGGUGAUGACACCGUCCCUGGCGUGAAGUACCUCAUGAUCACCUCCAAGUUGGAGGAAACUGUAACUCCAUACACGAAUGGAUUCCUUCGCGACAAGUCUCCCAACGUCAAGAACGUCGUGCUCCAAAACGAAUACUGCAAGCUGUCGAUCGAACCACUGCUCGCCACACGCGGAUUCCUCCUCGCCAUGGCACCUCCAAAGAAUGGUGGCUCGUCCACGCCAGUUCAAAAAAGUCUGCUCAGCUUCUUCAAACCAAAGUCAGAUUCAACUCCCAUCGUGACAACAUCCACAUCCUCGACAUCUCGCGAUCCACCAUCCUCCUUAUUUAGCAAGGAACAAGCUUCCUCAAAACUCAAAGAAACAGCCAUCACCGAGAGCCAACCACCCAAAGGCAGCGCCUACUCUAGCACAAAGACAAAACAGCAACAGAGACGGACGCGUGCCGCAACGACGCGGAAAUCUCAGGAACAAGACAAGGGGGCUGAGAAGGAGGAUGAGGAUGAAGAGCAGGAUGAGCCCUUGUUUCCCUCGGGAUUUGCUGGCGUUGUUGAGCAGUUCAGCCGUCUGGAUCACACAUCGCCUGUAAAACCAUCAAGUCGGAGGAGUCAAAUUCAGAGCCAACAAGUCCCGAAGAGCAGCGCAGAGGAUGCCACCACAGCAGAGGUCGAUAUGGAAGGCGUCGAAUUUAACAACCGUCAGUCGCUACUACCACCAAGUCCUAUCAAGCGCAAACGCGGGUCAUCUCCCAACAAAGGUCUUGCCAGCUUCGGAUACAAGGCCAACAACGCAUCAGCACAGGAGACGGGUGGCGACAGCAUGGACGUCCUGUCGACAGAGGAUCUGAAGGCUCUGGAAGAGCGGCGUGAGCGAUUCAAGCGGAAACUGGGUCCUGUCGAGGAUGGAUUGCCUUCAGGACCAGCAGAUGCUGAUGAGGAGAGACCGACGAGGCGGCGACGACUGAUUGUCUCAGAGAGCGAUGAGGAUAUGGAUCAAGGCGCUGCCGAGGAUGACGAGUACGAGGACACGCCCAAGGCUCAGUCACGCAGCCAACGGACAUCAGCCCCAGCGCCACCGCCACCAAAGUCGUCGACCAGCAGUCGAUCUAAGAAGAGCAUCUACACACCUCUGGAGCAGCAGUACCUCGAAAUUAAGGAACAGUACCCCGAUGCGCUUCUCUGUAUCGAGGUUGGAUACAAGUACCGGUUCUUUGGUAAAGAUGCAGAGAUCGCCUCGAGAGAACUAAGCAUUGCCCACUUUAUGGACCACAACUUUUACACCGCCAGUAUACCCAUUCAUCGCCUCGAUGUCCAUGUGCGGAGGUUGGUUCAUGCGGGACACAAGGUGGGCGUGGUGAAGCAGAUGGAAACAGCGGCGCUCAAAUCGGCAGGAGACAACAAGAGUGCACCUUUCACACGGAAACUCACCAACCUUUACACCAAGGCGACGUUCAUCGAAAGUCUCGACAAGGACGAGGAACAGAGUUUUGUUGGGGGUAAAGCACCAUCAUCGCAGUUCAUCAUGUGUAUCCAUGAGCGGCCCCUGGGUGGAAGUGGGCCUGAUGAAAAGGUCAAACUGGCGAUGAUUGCGGUCCAACCUGCGACGGGCGAUAUUGUCUAUGAUGAGUUUGUGGAUGGGCAUUUCAGGAAUGAACUCGAAACGAGGUUGUUGCAUCUCCAACCUGCGGAGUUGAUUGUGCCCACAGAGCCGAUGAGCAAGGCGACAGAGAAGCUGCUUGGACAUUUGACUGCUUACUCCGGUCGUGGCACGCAAGAGGAUGUGCGGAUCGAGAGGACUGACGGGUUCAUCAAGUACGACCGAGCAUUCUCGCUUGUUUCAGAGUUCUACUCGGAUAGCUUGAAGGAAGAGCAAUUGAAGCGGAAGAUCAAGGGAGAAGGAGGUGCUGCGGAUGGACCGGCCAAGAAGAGUCAAAAGGAGGCGCUUCUCAAGACGGUGCUUGGUCUCUCCAAAGAACUCAUCAUCGCCCUGUCUGCAAUCCUGACCCAUCUUACCGCGUUUGGGCUCGCCUCGAUCUUUCAAUUAUCAAAGUACUUUGAGUGCUUCACCUCGAGAUCACACAUGCUGCUGAACGGCAACACGAUCUCCAACCUCGAGAUCUACCGCAACCAGACCCACGGGACUUCCAAGGGAUCUUUGUUUGCGAUUUUGGAUCAUACGAGCACAGGAUUCGGACGGAGAUUGCUCAAGAAAUGGGUCGGGAAGCCUCUUGUCAACAAGGAAGCGCUUCAGGAACGUGUGGAUGCGGUUGAAGAGAUUUUGGCACUGACUGGCAAGAAUGUCUAUCUGGACAAUGCGCGCGCUGCCCUCAAGGGACUCAUGGACAUGGAAAAGGGCGUCUGUCGCAUCCACUAUGGAAAAUCGUCUCCAAAGGAGUUUUUGGCGAUUGUACAGACGUUUAUGAAGGUGUCAACGAUCCUGCCCGAGGAGAAACGAUGCAGGACAAACGCCGAUUUUGGACUGACCAGCCCAAUGCUACACCGCCUCAUCGGGUCCUUAUCGAACGCGUUGGAAGACAGCCAGUACUUUUUGGAAGGGCUGAACAAGAGCUCUGCGGCCAAGAACGACAAGCUGUUGAUGUUUCAGGAUGAGCUAAUUGCUGACAAGUGGCCCGAGAUUCUCGUCCACCGCAACGAUAUUGUGGCAACGGAGGAUGAUUUGAAAGAAGAGUUGGUGAGGAUCCGAAAACUGUUGCGGGAGCCAAAGUUGGAAUUCGCGGCGGUCUCGGGAAUCGAGUACCUUGUCGAGGUUAAGAACAAGGAUACUGCCAAGGUGCCCAAGAACUGGGUCAAGAUCAGCGGAACAAAGCAAGUGUCUCGUUUUCAUACACCAGAAGUGAUCCAGUUGGUGGCGUCCAAGGCUCAGAACCAGGAACGAUUGGCAAUGGCGUGUGAUCGGGCUUUUGCUUCGUUCCAACACGAGUUCUCGGAACGGUAUGAGGUGUUCCGGGAUCUUGUCCAGAAUCUGGCGGUUUUGGAUUGUCUGUUCUCGUUAGCGGUUGUUGCUUGCUUGCCUGGGUAUGUCAAGCCUCAGUAUGUGGACGAUACCGUUGUUGGUGUGAAUGAGGGCGCGGGCGAGGAUCAGGGUAUGGAUGAUGAUGAGGUGCAGGUUACUGGAUCGUUAGUCGGGAAGCGGCGGUCGAAAUCUGGAGCCUCAAUGACGAUUGAUAUCAAGAAUGGGCGACAUCCGAUGGUGGAGCAGCUAUUAUUGUCUUCGGGCAAUUUUGUGGCGAACGAUAUCCAACUCGGCACCAAUCAAGCCAUAGGAACAGAUGAAAAGACGAUCAUCUUGACAGGACCCAACAUGGGCGGCAAGAGUUGUUAUAUCCGCACCGUGGCCCUGUUGUGCAUCAUGGCCCAGAUCGGGUCCUACCUCCCUGCGGACUCUGCGCGGGUGUCGAUGCUGGACGCGGUCUAUACGCGCAUGGGCGCAUCGGACAACAUCUUUGGCCACGAGUCGACGUUCAUGGUUGAACUCCAGGAGACGUCGGAUAUCUUGAAGAUGGCUACUGAGCGGUCACUUGUGAUCCUGGACGAGCUUGGGCGGGGAACCUCGACGCUUGAUGGGGUUGCCAUCGCAUAUGCGGUGUUGAAGCAUGUUGUGGAGAAUAUCCGGGCAGUAACGCUGUUUGUGACGCAUUACCCGUCCCUUGCGGAUGUUGCGCGUGAGUUUCCCCAGGGUACUGUAAGGAAUUUUCAUAUGGGGUUUAUGGCCUCUGUUGCUGGGUCUCUGUCCUUGAGCGGCGGCGGUGCCUGCAACGAUGGACUAGACUUGGAUCUGGGUGAAGGUGGUGAUGAAGGGCAGGAGGAGGCAGCUCUGGAUGAUAUGGAUAUUGUCUUUUUGUACAAGCUCGUUCCUGGCGUCUCCUUGAAGAGUUAUGGACUGAAUGUGGCGAGGAUGGCAAAGCUGUCGGGAUCGCUGAUCAACAAGGCGAAAGUAAAGUCGAAGGAGCUGGAGCACAUUCUGGAACGACGUGUCGAGCAGCGACGACAGCUUCAGCUUCAACAAGGAGGAGGAGGAGGACGGCCGGAUCGACGUCUUGAUCAAUUGAUGCAGAUCAUUGGCUGCAAAACGGAAGAUCAAGCUUCACAGCUCAUUCAGGAUAUCGUCCGUUCGUGA